AUGCCUGCGACUCCACCAUUAGAAGAGCUCAACCAACCAGUCUUUGGAAAAGACUCAGCUUCUGUCUCUUCAAAAAACCAUCAUGAUCUUGAAAACAACUCUUCAACUCAAAUUGAAAAUGCUUUCAAAAAAUCAAAAUCUUUAACAAUCCAAAAAUCAGAAAUCCUAGCUGCCCAAUAUAACACAGUCUAUCAUAAAGCUGUACUUUUAUUCUCUGCCUUUUUGGUUGGUUAUGGUUAUGGGUUAGACAGUAACACAAGAUAUGUCUUUACUGCCUAUGCCACUUCCUCUUACUCUGCUCAUUCUCUUUUAGCUACUGUCAAUGUUAUCCAAGCUGUUAUUGCUGCUGCCUCUCAACCUAUUUACGCAAGAUUAAGUGAUGUCUUUGGUAGAUUCCAGUUGUUCUUGGUCUCUAUUGUCUUUUAUUCUAUGGGUACCAUCAUCCAGUCUCAAGCUUAUGAUGUUCAAAGAUAUGCUGGAGGUACCAUCUUGUACUAUAUUGGUUAUGUCGGUGUUAUAUUAGUUUUGUUAUUAAUUUUAUCCGAUUUUUCUUCAUUAAAGUGGAGAUUAUUUUUCCAAUUUAUUCCUACUUAUCCCUUUAUAAUCAACACUUGGAUUUCUGGUGAUGUUACCUCUGCCAUUGGUGGAGAAAACUGGCAAAGGGGUAUUGCCUUAUGGGCUUACGUCUUUCCAUUGGCCUGUAUUCCCUUAAUUUGUUGCUUCCUUCAUAUGUAUUAUAAAGCUUCCAAAACUGAAGAAUGGAAAUUGGUUAAUCAACAAAAGACUUUGUUUCAACACCAUGGUUAUAAAAAAGCAUUUGUUUAUUUGUUCUGGAAAUUAGACUUGAUAGGUCUUGUGCUAAUGACUGCUAUGUUGGGUUGUCUCUUGGUUCCCUUAACAAUUGCUGAAGGUAUUGCGGACAAAUGGAACUCAUAUAAAAUCAUUAUUCCAUUUGUCUUUGGUGGUGUCUUGCUUCCUGUUUUCUGUUUUUAUGAAUUUAGAUAUGCCAAAUUUCCAAUUGCUCCUUUCGAAUUAGUUAAAGAUCGUGGUAUCUGGUCUGCUUUGCUUAUUUCUUUCCUUUUGGAUUUCAUCUUCUACUUGGCUGCUGAUUAUCUUUACACUGUCCUUGUUGUUGCAGUCCACGAAUCUGUGAAAUCUGCCACCAGAAUUGUGUUAACUUCUUCUUUUGUUUCUGUUGUUGCUGCUCCAUUCUUCAGUCUUGUUGUUGUCAAAGUCAAGAAAUUAAAGGGUUUCAUCAUCACCGGUUGUUGUCUUUGGAUGUUAGCAAUGGGUCUUUUAUUGCAUUUCAGAGGUGGUGAAGAUGCUCAUUCUGGUAUCAUUGGUGCCUUAUGUGUUUGGGGUUUGGGCACUUGUUUCUUUUCCUAUCCAAUCAAUGUCUCAGCUCAAAGUGUUGUUAGUCAUGACAACAUGGCCAAUGUAACUUCUUUGAUUUAUACCACAUAUAGAAUUGGUGCUGCUGUUGGUGCUGCUAUUAGUGGUGCUAUCUGGACUUUGAAUUUACAUGAUAGACUAGUUUACCAUCUUGCUGACAAUGAUUUGGCUGAAGCUGCUUAUUCUUCUCCAUUUACCUUUAUCGUGACCUAUACCUGGGAAACUGUUGAAAGACAACAGGUUGUUUUAGCUUAUCGUGAUGUUCAAUUGAAAUUAAAUUUAGUUGCUGUAAUUUUUUGUGUUCCAAUGAUUUUUGCUGCUUUCUUCCUUAGAGAUCCACCAUUAACUGAUAGUGUUGCCAAUGAAAAAGUUGAUGAUGAAAAGCAACAUGUCGACAGAACUGAUGAAGACAUUAUUACUCAAAAAGUUCACAAAUUUGCUCGAAAUCUCAAGAGAAGAACUGUUACUGCUUUCAGUAAGAAGGCUUAG